AAUAAGGUCGGUCGAUGUCGUCGCCGUUGUCGUCGCCAUCGCGUUGUCUGAGAUGCGAUCAUCGAUCGAAUCGCGCCACGGUGUACAGCGGCCACGCUCGACGAGGAUUUAUCGGCGCGGCAGAUAGCGACGUAUGAGAGGAGAGCGGCUCGAUGAGAAGUGCGGUCUUCGUUCCCGACGAUCGCGGAGGAACGUUUGACCCGCCGGUUUUCCACUGUGAAUCGUCAUGAGACGGCGUAAUAAUGGUUGCUGCUGCCAGAGCAGCAGAAGGAUCGGUCGUGGCGGAUGCAACGACACGGAGGGGAGCGAACCGCCCGUAUGGUGUAUUUACGCGACGGUCGCUUUGGUCGCUGUCGCUUGUUACUUGAACGCGUUAGGUGGUGAUUUCGUGCACGACGAUAUACCCGCGGUGGUGAGGAACAAGGACGUGCUCGCUCAAACCCCUUUGACCACCCUCCUGAAGAACGAUUUUUGGGGCACGCCUAUGCGCGACGUUAACAGCCAUAAGAGCUACAGACCGUUCACGACGUUAACGUUUCGGUUAAAUUACUUGAUGUCGGGAUUAACGACAAGCUGGUAUCACGCAACGAAUAUUGCCCUACACGCCAUUGCAUGCGUUUUGGUCACAAAGGUGAGCCUAGCGGUAGCAUCAUUGCGUCCAGGAUUUGCUGCCUUGACAGGCUUGCUGUUUGCUGCUCAUCCUGUACAUACUGAAGCG